AUGAAUGAUAACAUACAAAGUUCCUUGGCGGAUACAAAUACAUCGACAAUAUUUGUCGAAAAAUUAUUGCAAAAAAUAACACUUGGUUGUUUGCUUUCUACUUUAUCAAUAUUUACUGUUUGUGGAAAUAUAUUAGUAUUAUAUGCUAUACAAACAGAAAAAAAUUUACGCACAGUAUCAAAUUUAUUUAUUCUUAGUUUAGCAUUAGCUGAUUUAGCUGUAGGUCUAUUUGUUAUGCCUUUAAGUGCAGCUCAUAUAAUUGCUGGUCGAUGGCCAUUUUCAUCUGUUAUAUGUAAAAUGUGGUUAUCCAUUGAUUAUGUUGCCAGUACGGCCAGUAUAUUUAAUCUUGUUCUACUCAGUCUUGAUCGUUAUUGGGCUGUUGUUUAUCCUUUACGUUAUCUACGAAAACGUACACGUCGGCGAGCAACAGGAUUUAUUCUUAUUGUUUGGUUUAUAGCAUCAUUAUGGGCUCCGGCUGUUAUAUUUUGGUCAUAUAUUGCUCCUCAACAUAGUGAUAUAAUUAAAAGCAAUGAAUGUGACACGGCAUUUCGUUCGAAUAAAACAUUUAAAACAUUGACAGCUUUAGUUAAUUUUUAUUUUCCAUUAUUAACUAUGAUUAUUGUAUCAUGUCGCAUAAUGGUUGCUAUACGUUCACGUUCUCAAAUGGAAUAUGGUCGACGAUUAUCAUCAGCGACACAAAAACAGAUGAGACUAGAUCACACUUAUAAAAUACCAUCAUCAUUACAUGAUGAAGAUCAACCUAAUUUCAAAUUCAAUAAUACUUCUAGGCCAUUAUUACCACCAACAAUUGUUACUAAUCCAUUUGAUGCAUCUAUUCCAGACUAUCAAUCCAUCUCUAAUACUAUUAAUAAUAAUGUAACUCUAACGGCUGAACCUGGUCAAUGUUUUUGUUCAACAUGUCAAAGAUAUAAUGGAAAUGAUAAUGAAAGUCUUUGGGAAGUACAACAAACUCCCAUAGGAGAAUCUUCUUCAUCGCCACCAAAACAUUUUUCAUAUGCUCAAAUAAAACCUCUAUCAAGAAUAUUUUCACCAAAAAAACUUACAAAAGAAAAAAAAAGUCAUAAAAGUCUAGAUUUAUGUAAAACUACAUUUGAUAAUGAUGAUACACAAAUUAGAAAUUCUUUAAGUGAAUCAAAUGAUAUGAAAUAUUCAAUGAUAAUGUAUUCAAAUGAACAUUCACAAAAACAUUUAUCACCAAUUGUAAAAAAGACAUCAUCGUUAAACAAAACACUAAUUAAACAACCAAAGUCAAGAACAUCAUCAGUAGCAUCAAGUUUCUCAGAUGAAUGUUUCGAAAAAUUAUAUAUUAAUUCAACAGAAGAUCAACAAAUAUCACAACCCAUAGAAGAUAUGACUAUACAAAAAACAAAAACAACAUCUGAUCAAUCACAACCAAUAAAUUCCUCUCCAAAACUAGCAACAACAACAGUAGCAGGAAACGAUUCAAUAACGACAAUCAUACAUGAUUCAUCAAAAACUUCUCCGACACAUCAUACAACGAAAAUGAGUUUCUCUUUUUUUAAUACACUUCUAAAUCCAAGUCGUGCCAAUGCAUUACAAAAAGAACUUAAAGCAGCUAGACAAUUGGGAAUGCUUGUUGGUGUAUUCACUGUUUCAUGGUUACCAUAUUUUAUUUUAUUUUUAGUUGUUGCUUGGUGUAAUCAUUGUGUAUCGGAUACUAUAUUUACAGCAUCUAUAUGGCUUGGUUAUCUCAAUUCAACAUUUAAUCCAUUAAUAUAUCCACUAUGUAAUGCACAUUUUCGUCGUGCUUUUCAAAAAAUUUGUUAUUGUACACAUGAGAAAACAAAAUUACCUAAUUUAAACGCUUUACGUGAACUGCAAGCAUUACAUACGAUGAGACAAAAGCGACGAUAA